AUGGCUCAAGUUGCUACCUUCAAGUUAGUUUUAGUCGGUGACGGUGGUACCGGUAAGACCACUUUUGUCAAGAGACAUUUAACAGGUGAAUUUGAAAAGAAGUACAUUGCUACUUUGGGUGUUGAAGUUCAUCCAUUGGUAUUCCACACUAACUUUGGUGAAAUCAAGUUUGAUGUCUGGGAUACUGCUGGUCAAGAGAAGUUUGGUGGUUUAAGAGAUGGUUACUACAUCAAUGGAGACUGUGGUAUUAUCAUGUUUGAUGUUACUUCCAGAAUUACUUACAAGAAUGUUCCAAACUGGCACAGAGAUUUGGUUAGAGUCUGUGAAAACAUUCCUAUUGUCUUGUGUGGUAACAAGGUUGAUGUUAAGGAAAGAAAGGUUAAGGCUAAGACCAUUACAUUCCACAGAAAGAAGAACUUGCAAUAUUACGAUAUCUCCGCCAAGUCUAACUACAACUUUGAAAAGCCAUUCUUGUGGUUGGCUAGAAAGUUGGUUGGUAACCCAUCUUUGGAAUUUGUUGAAACCCCAGCUUUGGCUCCUCCAGAAGUUACUGUUGAUCAUGAAUUGAUGCAAAAGUAUCAACAGGAAAUGGAACAAGCUACUGCUUUGCCAUUGCCUGAUGAAGAUGAUGCUGAUUUGUAA